UUUAGCAGAAGAUGCCGAAAGUGAUUCCAGGCUUACUGCUAGCAUUAGUGCUGCCGAUAGUGGUGUCGGCUUUUGGCAACGAAUACGUGCACAUUAAGGUGCAUGUGCCCAAGGAUCAGGCGCCGAGCAUUGCCAUCGAUGCGGAACCGGUGCCGCCGCAUAAGGUCAUCCAUCACUAUCACCAUCAUGGAUCACCGCAUCAGAGAUCACGGGUACGUGCCCCACCAAAGCCACAGAGCAGCCCGCUGCUGGAGAGCGUCAUACUGUCCGAUCUGGAUAAGCCGCUGCACAUGAGCGAGCAUGCAGACUAUCUGAACCAUGCCAAGGAGAUCGCUGAUCAUCUCAGCGAAUCAUAUGCGGCGAAGAAGAUACCGCCACCGCCUAAGAAGAAGGUGAAAACCUACACGAUCAUCGAGGAGAAACAGCGGCCAAACAGUUACGAGUACUUGCCUCCAUCGGAUCAUAACGUGGAUACGUAUCGUGUGAUUAGUAGCAGGCCGCAGUCCCAUUAUCACAACCACCAGCAGCAUCAUCAGCCCGAUGACGAUGUCAACGAAGUGGGUUAUAACUAUCGGCCACCAGCACGCUAUCAUCGCCAUAAAUCUUUCUCCUCUCCCUCCUCCUCAUCGUACCUGGGCGGUAGCUAUGCGGAGCCAGCGCCGGUCGAAGAGCCAUUAGAUUUAGAUCUGGACUACACUUAUGCGGCACCAUCCUACGCCAAUAUCAAGUCCGCCCGAGCGCCUGCUUAUACGCUGGAAGCACCUGAGAACACUCAAUAUUCAUACGAUUUCCGGCCAUCACCGGAACUGCAUUCAGCACCGGAUCCAUACGAGGAAGAAGUCGAUGCAUACGCAGCGCCAGCGCCAACUCAAUCUCGCCGGCAUCGUACUAGCCCAGUGGAAUGGGGUACCGAAUCAUAUAGUGGGGCUAGCGAAUCAUAUAGUGCCCCCAACAGCUACCAUGCUGGGCAUGUGCAAGGCGUGGAAGGGGCCAGCAGUGUAUAUCAGUAUCCCGGACCCUAUCUGUAA